CACGCAGGCGAAAACAGGAACUUCCUAGGUUAAUACCAGUGGUGCCUAUAAUUCAAUAAUCAUGUACUCCCACCUCUCAAACAGGAACUUAACACAUACUAAUCUAACCACUGCAGAUGUUCUUGGCAUGAUCACUGAAGUCUCCGACACACACUCGGUGCAGCUUCCAAAUCAGCCAACGCCCACUUUAAACAGAGACAUUGUCCUUAAAGAUCUUAGCAAUGCUGAAAUUAGAUUGACUCUAUGGGGCCGACGAGCUGCUGAAUUUAGCAUCGACAGCAUUUACAAUGAGGAACAAGCUAAGCCAGUUGUUGUCCUCAUCGUUGGCAGCCUCAUGAAAACCUAUGCAGGUCAAGGAUAUUUGAGCGGGAAUACCGCAUGUCGCUGGUAUUUCAAUCCCACAAUUCUUGAAGCUGAACAAUUUUACACCGCGCUUCACAAUCAGCGCCUACCAAUCAAGCAUAUCACUGCUGCCACACAACAAGCAACUCCGCUGCGAACAUCACUUCACCUCGAAGAUAAAUAUCUCAGCGAUUUACAAGCAAUGGAUCCAUAUGACUUCCCGUUUUACACCUACCUCUAA